CCUCGCGUGGGUCCAUGGAAAACGACUCAAUUUUUGGGAAAGCUUCACUCUACCGUAAGCGAGUGGAAGGUAAAAUGUGUCUCGUAAGCGCGGACCCCAGACAGAGUGUGUGUAUGGUCCGGUCGCUCGCUCCGGUCACGGAACGGGGUUCACCUUAUGAGAGCAACAUGAAAAAUACAUGAUCUGGCGAUGUUCACACGGCUUCUUGAACUCGCUAGAAGUGCCCAAGUGGCUUUGGGCUUUGGGUCGGCCCGCCCCGGUGUGUGUUGGGAAUGAGGGUCCGAACUGCAUCGAGAUAGCGAGGAUAGUGCAAGGUACAUUACGGCGCGAGCGCUUGGAGGUGAUGGGACAGAGUCGAACACAGACGAACGAACCUUGAUUGUAGAAAGAAGUGAUACAUUAACGAUUGCAUCUUUUCUCAGUUCCGAGUUCCUCACACAGCGGCAGAGGAUGAGUCAGAUGCGCUUUGGAAUUCGUUAAUGGGCUGAAGGGUUGAGAAUUUUGAGCAUUUCUGGGCGUUAGUUGGGUGGUCUUCGUACCUCGUUUGGUGACAUUAAAACUACCCAUUAAAGCAAUCCUGAACUAGAUUACAUUUUAUCAAACUGCUUGUUCACUAAUGUCUUCCCAGCUGAAGAUGCAAUCAAUUAGAAAAGAAAAGGUCAUGCACAUGCCUCGUCGCUGUGUGCCUCGAAACUCGACCAACACACACACACACCGCCAAUCCUAAAGCAAUGAUGUGUGUGAUGUGCACUAAACCAGGUUCCGUGAAUUUCUGCAACGUUCCCGUUAGUGUGUAAGCUCUCCCUGUGUGUACCGGGGUUCUCGCUCUGCUCGGCCCAACAAAAGACGUUGGGGCCGUCGUGGGAACUUUCUGCCGCCUCCCUCAGGAGAAAGAUCACCUGAAAGGGAUGGAGCGAAAAUACAACAAAAAAAGCAUAACUGUGGCAUAAAAACUGCACCUCAUGUGAGAAACGAUCGAGGGUUUGGUGGUGCCUAGCAUUCCCGCCGCCCAAGAAACCAGCUUUGAAGGCUCGAUCACGAUCGCGAUCAUCAACGACCAAUGGGGACCACGGCAGGGGCUGGGUGACGGGGGGAGUGUUUUGGUGUUUCGCUGUUUAGAAUGAGUAACUAGCUGAAAGGCUAGACCUUAUUACACUCUUCCCUCCUUACUGCCCGCUGCUGUCUGGUUGAUUGUGUAGUAGUGAAGCGCCCAACCACCACCCCCAAAAAGGGAGAGAGAGAAGCCUAACGAGGGAAUCCCCCAAACCAGCUUUCGUAUGUGUGUGUGUGUGUGUUUGUGGUGCCAUCUCUUUCUCCUGGCGGGGCGUGAGAUGAUCCCAAAAGGUGGUGGAAUUCAAGACCCAGACCCAGGCGCAAGGUAAUCCGAACGGUUCACCGGGGGGGGGGGGGCAGAGGAAACGAAAGCAAGGAAGCAACGACAUAAAACAAUUUUAGAAAGACACAACACAACGCACACACCAAAUACAAACCAUCGAAGCAUGGAUCGGAGUUGGAAGAAGCGGGAUGGAAGAACGAUCGUUUUUAUGACUGCGCGUGCGCGAGGGGGGUGCUAAAGGUAAAAGCAUUGCACACGCAGAGAGGCAAAAGAGCAUAAUGAAAGCGAGCAGAUGGAACGCCGGUCGGUCGGUCGGUCGGUGGGUUCGUCGCUUGUGCGGUGCGACGAGGACAGGGGCGACAUGAGCGAAGGGCCCUCCGCAAGCGCAUCGGCCCGGUACAUGCGUGCAUGCAGGUCGGUUUUAUGCUCAGCGUGAGCACAACAGAGCGCGCGAGAGAGAGAGAGAGAGAAAAAAUAUAAGGAGAGUGUAAGUGGGUGCGAACGAGAUAGGAAUGGCCGGCUGUGUGCGCUCUUGUUACACGGGCACUGAGGGUUUUGCGAGAAGCUUUUCAGGGGAAGAUCUCAUAAAAUGUGCAUAGCUUAGGGGUGGGAAUGAGUGUGAGAGAGAGAGAGAGAGAAAGUGAGUUAGAGCGAGAAAAAGAACGGCAAGAAGGGAUGGGAAGGCAGGCAGGGAAGGUCUCUCGCGUGAAGCAGCGAGUCGACAUACGCAAGUCGUGCUCGUCGUAGCAGUCACUUCAUCUCACGCCGUUCUCCGGUACGGACAUAUCGCUCCUGCUCGGUCUGUGUGUGUUUCCGUGGUCUUUAGCAGGGCCAGUGUCUUCGUUGUUUAGGACUCAGUAAUCCGAUCCGUCCACACCGAUCGUGUUUUGCACAAAACGUGCCGAUCGGCAGUAUCCAUUUAUCACUAAAGUGAACUAAAGAGAGUGCAGUUUUUAACGUACACACAAGAACAAGUGUUUUAACAAGCGUGUUAAACUACCCUAAAAGUGCAACGUUUUUUUUAACAAGCUCUCAAUUGUGUUUGCACAACAAAGUAUCCCCGAAAACGGUUGUGCGCAUAGCGGUGUUAGUAGCAAUAACAAAAAAAAAAAAAGAUAGUUUCAAAGAGCAUCCCUCAAGGGUUGAGUUUUACCUGACUCUCGCGCUCUUUGGCUGGAGAGAAACGCACCCCCUCCUUCUUUGCGCGGUACGUGCCUGGCGUUGUGUAUCGGCGUUGGUUUGCCGUACGACGCUCGCUGUGUGUGUAUAUAUGUAUGCGGUGCGUGUCGGUGUGUGCGGAGUUUGAAACCGUGGGAAAAAUCAGUGACGAUCGCGAAAUUCCGGUCCCGGUGUGUUGUAGCGCGAAGCGGGUUCGAGCGCGCGGUCCACCGUAAGUGAAAGGGAAGGCGCACAAACACAAGGAAAGAGAGAGCGGGAGAGAGAAAUCGAACGGGGCCCCAUUGACAGGAAGGAGCGAGAUAGUGGAAGUGGUGGGCUUCAAAAGCGUGGCCCCAAAAAGGAGAAGCCAAAGUUCGCGAUCUUCUUCGCGAUCGCCAAUUUCGCAUUUUCGCACAACUUCUCACCCACCCCUUGAACGCGCGCGCGUGUGUUUGUGUGUACGUUCGGUGGCCACCACCCCAAAAGUUGUAGCUUUCGGCUUUGUUUUUUUGUUAUUGCGUGUGUUUGUUUUUGGUGUUUUCCGCUCAGGAAAAAAAAACAUAAAUAAAUACGAAAGACUUUCGCGGCCACGAGACAUUCAGCGCAAGGGAAGAUUAUGUGCACAGGGGUUUGUGUUUAGCAGUGUGUGAGACACAGACCAUACCGCCGCCACCACCCCCACGGUCCAGCAGAGCGCGUUGAGGCUCCCGUGCAGGCUAUUCCGUAGUAGAUCGCGACCAGUGUGCCGCCUCGCUAAGGGGUGGACGAUAUAGGCCUCUAUAUGGGUGUACUGAACGUGACCAGUUCCGGUGCCGCUAUCGUCGAGUACCACCAGCAACAGCAACAACAGCAGCAGCAGCAGCAGCAGCAACAGCAGAACAAGAAAAACGACACAAUCUUCUCACCCAUCAAGAACAAGAUGAAGGUGCUGAAGAAGAUCAAGAAACGCAUGGGACUAGCAACGAGAAGCGCAUCAUCCUGCCCGGGCCCGAACAAUCUGCCCCCGCUACAGUUUCACACCGUGCACGGCGACAACAUACGCAUCUCGCGCGAGGGCACCGUCGCCAAGCGGUACGAGUCGUUCUGCAAGGGCAUCACGUUCAGCGCCCGGCCGGUGCGCGUGAACGAGCGCGUGUGCGUCAAGUUCCUGGACAUCUCGAACAACUGGAGCGGCGUGAUCCGGUUCGGCUUCACCUGCAACGAUCCGGCGUCGCUGCGCGGUAACCUGCCCAAGUACGCCUGCCCGGACCUGACGAACAAGCCCGGCUUCUGGGCGAAGGCGCUGAACGAGCGCUACUGCUACCGGGGCAACGUGCUGUUCUACUACGUCACCCCGUCCGGCGAUGUGCACUUCGGCAUCAACGGCGAGGAGAAGGGCGUGUUCAUCACGGACGUGGACGCGCGCGGCCCACUGUGGGCCGUGAUCGACGUGUACGGCAACUCGACCGCGAUCGAGUUUCUCGACUCGCGCAUCUACAUGUUCCAGGCGCAGCAGCAGCAGCAUCAGCAGCAGCACCAGCCGCCGCACCAUGGCGGCCACCCGCACGCCCAAAGCCAGACGGCGCGCCGACCGACGGAGCCCGAGCUGGGGCUGCCGCAGCUGGAGUCGCUCAGCAUCAACCAGCACAACCAUCAGCUGAUGGAGGAGCGUCCGGUUACCUGCGGUGCGCUCAGCCCGUCCACCUCGGUGCGCUAUCACAGCCCGGCGCCGGGGCUGCUGCCGCUGCCGUUCCAUCCGGUGCGCGGGCGCAACAUUAAGUUCUCCGCCGACCGGUACGUGGCGACGCGGGCCGAUACCGAGUUCUGCCAGGGGUACGUGUUUUCGCCCCGCCCGGUCAAGAUCGGCGAACGGCUGAUCAUUCAGAUCCUGAAGACGGACUCGAUCUUCGUCGGGUCGCUCGCGCUCGGGCUGACGUCCUGCGAUCCGGCCAGCCUGCAGCUGAACGAUCUGCCGGACGAUUCCGACAUGCUGCUCGAUCGGCCCGAGUACUGGGUGGUGAGCAAGGACGUGGCGUCGACGCUGGUACGGGGCGAUGAGCUGUGCUUCUCGGUCACCGUGAACGGCGAGGUGCAGAUCAGCAAGAACGGUGGCGCCCCGUCCGUCAUCAUGCACAUCGACCAGUCGCUGCAGCUGUGGGCCUUCCUGGAUGUGUACGGAUCGACGCAGAGUGUGCGGCUGUUCACGCUGCCGAUGCCGGCGCCGCCGGCACCGUCCGCGUGCGCCUCCAGCAUGUACAGUAUGGCCCGGUCCCACUCGUCGCUGGCUGCCGCGGCCGCCACUAGUCAAUCGGUGCGCAGUCUGCACCAGCAGGAGCAGCAGGUGAUGGCAGAAUCGUCGGCCAGUAGCUGCCGGACACUUGCCGGCGCCACCUCGACCAGUGCACUGGUGCAGCAGGCGACGGCAGCCACCGCUGCCACCGCUGCCGUGCGCUCCGACAUGAUCCAAAUUAACCCGGGCGGUACGGUGCUGGUCGUAAAUCUGCCCCCGGCCGAUGUACUUACCCAGCAGCAGCAGCAGCAGCAGCAAUCAUCGCAAGUACCCCAAGCGACGCUUGUGACGCGCGGUAUGACCAACUCCGCCUCGACCCUGUCCGUUCCACUAUCGACACUGUCGCUCUCGUCCCACACGGGCUCAACCGGAACGGCCAGCGAGCUGAUGGUUAGCAAUAAUAGCAGCAACAAUUACGCCGCCAGCAACAACCCUCCUCCAUACCCUGAGUCGCUCUCGAGCUACAACAAUGCCGCCAACUACUCGACCGCCGCCCUGGCCGCGAACGGCAUCUACAGCUCGACCAACUGCGUCGACUGCACGAUCUGCUUCGAGAAGCCGAUCGACUCGGUGCUGUACAUGUGCGGCCACAUGUGUAUGUGCUACGACUGUGCGAUCAAGCAGUGGCGCGGCAUCGGCGGUGGGCACUGCCCACUGUGCCGCGCGGUCAUCCGCGACGUCAUCCGGACGUACAAGUCGUAGGGCGUGUGCAGGGCACAGCGCGAGCAUCGACGUGAAAGCGGCAUAGCCAAAGAAGGACCGUGUGUGUGUGUGUCGAACCAUUUUGUGAUCAAGCAGGCAGUGCGCAACAGUUGUGAUUUGGUGGAGGUCGAACCAUCGUGUGUGUUCCAGUAUGUUGAUUUUUUUUGGGCGUUGAGCGAGUGGUCGGAAUCCGUCGGCGGGAGAAAACAGCGAAUGUGCAGCAUCCAUAAAUUAACACUGAUAGCUUAUCGGUUGAAGGAUAAAUUAUUCAGUAGUCAAAAUUUAUAGAAACAGAAGAGAAGCUCCGCCCGGUGGCACCCUUUUAGGAAGGCUUUGUUUGGCAAAGAAAGUUAGGCUUUUGCUGGGAACACAUGUUCGCUUGGCCGAAGAUGAUUCACUUGCACCACGGAAAGUAGCCAAAAAAAAGGAACUAGCACGCUGUAGAAAGCACAAUGUUUCCCCUGCCUCAAAUCAGCAACACAAUUGACUAGUGUGUAAGUAAACAGGUUUGGCGGGGCUUAAGGUAAAGAGGGGAUGAAGCGAGAAAGAGUUGAUAAACAGAGCGUAAACCAAAACCGAGUGAAGGCAUUUAAUUGCAUUUACAACUGAGAGAAGACAGUGGAUGAUUGCAGCGCACUGAAACGCGCGAUCGAUAAGCCAGUCAGUAAUCGAACGAGGCCAGUUAUUGCUUUGUUGUUUUUACCUAUGUCUAGUGUAGUAAAUAGUCAAUUCGACCUAUAAUGUGUCCCCGACAGCGAUGAUUAUGUAGCGGCUAUAAAGAGACAGAGAGAGAGAAGGAGAGAGAUAGUGGGAAACAUGUUUGCCAAAAAGAAACACAAGAAUCAUAUGUCACUUCCAAAUGCGGACGAGCCGCCGCUUCCGAAGUUAGGAUAAGUUUAAUGCAAAUAUUGUUAGGCUGGACGGAUGGAUUGGUAAAGGCAACAGCGCAGUGAAAGUGCAGAGCAGCAAAGAUUUGCGUAAACCCAUGCGCUUACCCGUUUCGUGUAUUUCGUUUCUGUCUCUUCAAUUACCUCGUGUGUACAGGUGUAUGAUAGGCGUAGAAGGAUUUAUUUUAAAACGUUCAUUUUUUUCUACAACACUUUAAACAGAGAGCGAGAGAGAUGAAGGGAAGGUUGGGAAAAAGUUAUUCUUUCGAGCUGCCGCAAGUGCCGAAAAACAAAAACAAAAAAAAAUCUCGUUUCGGCGCAAGAUUAAUUUAUUUUCUAGUCAAAUAGUCAAAUGCAAAUGGCUUAUGCCGGGAGGCGUGUGUGAGAAAUUGCGUAUGUUUCGGAAUUGAAUAAUGUGCUGAAAUAUUAAAAUGAAAAGUAUUUGAAAACCUAUAACCGGAAUACAGUCGUUUUGUUUUUUUUUUUUAAAUUACAUUUAGUACACCCAAACUGGGUGCCGUCACCAGUUCGCUUGUUCCGAUACGCUUGUGCGCGAGGCAAUCAGUUACGUCAAGCAGCAGCAACAGUAGCAGUAUGAUUUGGUUUUGCGUAGCUCGAGCUGGAAUUGAUCGUAUAGUUUAAGCAGCGUAGCGUAGGGCUCUUUUUCUUACUUACCUUUUGCGCGCAUAUACAUCCUCGCACUGCGUGCGUGUAUACUUUCCCCCCCGUAUGUUAGUGCGGCGAACGAAGGACGCUUGGUCAGUUCAGUAGUGCAGGAGAUGGCGUGCAGGAAGAAGCAGUUGUACGAUACGGAAUAUAAUCUCCUACACGUCUAUGGCGAUAAUUUAUUGUUACGUAGAGGCGAUGCUGGAAAGGAAACGAUAGAUACUAGUAUCGUUUGUUUUUUAUUUGUUUUCCUUUUUCUAGUGUCGAUACUAUUUAAGAGUUGCAAAAUCAUUAUGCACUAAACCUUCGAUAUGAAAUACAAAAGUGAAGUUAAAGCAAAAAACAAAAAAAAAACAAUAACCAAAACAAUUCAAAACACCGGUGUUUGUGUCUGCUUUUCGGUCGGGUGGGGAGGAUUCGGAUGGGUUAAAUGAACGAAACGCGGUUUGUUUUAAAUUUGCCGUAAACACUUAUUGAUAACCAGUUUCAUUUAUUUAAACAGCGGUGCGCUAGAAUGAUUCCUUGCUCACAAU